UCGCUGGAGUUGAACCUGCGCUGGAAUUGUACCUGCGAGCCACGGUUGGACGGAAUACAAGGACCGGUCCUGCAACGCAGCUCAGGAGGUGAAAAGGAUUACAAAUUGCUGAAUCCCCGCACCCGAGGCCUGAAAGGUGAAUGGAACCACACCCGCACCCGCAGCUCGGAAAGGGAGUCCUCGCACCCGGGAUGAGCCUAUAGAGGGUCCCGCCGGAAAGCGUCGCCGAGGUCUUUGCAAAGGCUGCAACGGUACCGACGUAUAUAAAGCACUUCAGCAUGCCGCCGAAAUGCGUCGGGAAACGGCCGGAGCAGCGGGAGGAGCCGCCCCGCGACGACACAAAAAGUGGCUUUUACGACAACGGCAGCGACGGCAACAGCACCAGCACCAGCUGCGACGAAUCCCUUUUUCUCCGACCAGCCACCAGAGGGAGCCUCGGCCUGGAUUUGGCAACCGCAGUCGAUGUGACUUUAUUGGAUUCGAGACCCACCAGGAUAAAAACAGGACUUAUUGGACCAGUUAUUGUUAAUAAGGAACCUGUGGGAGCUUUGUUAAUAGGGAGAUCGUCUGCCACCAUGAAUGGAUUACAAAUAUUAACUGGACUUAUUGACAAGGAUUACUUUGGGGAAAUACAAAUUAUGGUUUCUGCAAUGUUUCCUCCAAUUCAUGUGCCGAAAGGCACAAAAAUAGCACAGUUGAUCCCAUUGCCUCAUCUUGCUGAAUCAUUAGCAUCGGAAUCUGCAAAGCAUCGAGGACUGGGAGCAUUUGGCUCCACGGGAAAAGUGGCUUUGUUGACACUUGGUAUGCGACACAGACCAUGACAAAAAGUCACUGUGUGUUUAAAGGAUGAGAAAAUACAGAUUGAGGCAUUGUUGGACACUGGUGCUGAUGUAUCUAUAAUCAGCACAAAGGAUUGGCCCUCACAUUGGCCUACAUUUGAGUCUAAUGCCACAGUUUCGGGAGUAGGAGGUAUGACUCUUGCUCGUCGGUCACCAGUGCUACAAUGGACAAUAGGUGAUAAGGUGGUACAAUGCAGUGUCUCCAUCUUAUCACUACCUGAAGGAGUACAAGCGCUGGUAGGGCGAGAUAUCCUUGCCCAAAUGGGA